UUAUCCCCUCAUAAAUAUACCAUUACCGGGCACAAUACCAACGAAAAUCGUAUUACCUUUUGAAGGUAAAUAUUCGCUCUUUGGAGAAGGUGACAAAAACUUUUCAGUAGUCAAAAAUAUUUUCAAUGUGAACAAUGUUAGCUAUGAUCCACCCUUGCCGUGGACGCAAAGUUCGCCAAUGCUAUACGUCCAACAGAUAACUCUACGUUCCAGUGUAUUACCGUGGACCGAAGAUAUGCAUUUGAUGGAUGCGUUUCGUGCGCCACUCUACGAGGUUUUUCGUUUGCUUGAAAUUGUACGAAAUCACGAAAGCGAAGAAAACAAACGUACACUUGACAAAAUUUGCUUACAUGUCGACAAUGUUAAACGCGUGCAGAAUGAGCAAAUAUUUCCGGAGUAUAAUUGCUUGGUGUUGUCGCCAGCGAACAUUUGGGGACAGAAUGUCCACAAUUUCACCAGGGACACCAACAUAUUGAAUACAAUAUUCCAAUAUCAUAAUUUACAAAAAACAAAGGUUUCCACAGCGGAAAUGUUGCUUGGACUUCCAAUGCAAGAUACAGGUUUUAAACGUUAUCCCCUCAGAUCGCGAUCACGUAUAAUUCAAUAUGCAAUCACGUUGAUUCUAAAACAAAAUGAUAAGGAGUAUCUAAAAAGCCUGAAAGAUACGUUAUUGCAUCGGUAUCCCCCACCAAUUGUAUCAUCGACAACAAAUAGCAAUAGUGAGCAGCAUUCGUCGGCGCACCAACACCAACGUGAAGAGAAAUCUUCCAUUACAUAUAUUUUCUAUCCCGGAGAAUUUAAAAUACGAGAAUUUUUACCGCUCUCUAUAGCGUUUGUAUUACUCUUCACUUAUAUUUAUUUUUCGGUACGCAAAAUCGAUGUGAUACGCUCUCGGAUGGUGCUUGCUCUUUGCUCAGUAGUAACCGUUUUGGGUAGUCUUGUAAUGUCUCUCGGUUUAUGCUUCUUUUUUGGUUUGACUAUAAGUCUGCAAUCAAAAGACAUAUUUCCAUACCUGGUUGUUUUGGUGGGUUUGGAAAAUUGUUUAGUCAUAACCAAGAGCGUUGUGUCAACUGAUGAAACAUUUGAUGUUAAGAUACGAGUGGCACAAGCACUGAGCAAAGAAGGUUGGCAUAUUUCAAAAACUCUUAUGACAGAAAUAACUAUUCUCACGAUUGGUUUAGCAACAUUCGUGCCUGUCAUUCAAGAGUUUUGCGUUUUUGCUAUUGUGGGUUUGCUUUCGGAUUUUAUGUUGCAAAUGCUGUUGUUCUCAACUAUAUUGGCAAUGAACAUCAAACGUACGGAAUACACAAUUGAAGCUAAGCAACUCCCUAAAAUGAUGCUGAGCUAUACAACAACCACAAGUAAUAGUAAUGGCUAUAAUAAUUUAACUCGUAAUGGCCGAACGGAGUUUCGUUUCUUUGGUACAUCGUCACCCUCUACUGGUGCAAACUCUUUAAACGGUAGUUAUUCACCUCCGCUUUUCAAUGGACCACCAGUCUUUCAUCGCUCACAAUCGCAUCCGAAAUUGUCAUUUGCAGAUUUAAAUUCUCAUGGCGUUAAUAAUGAGAUGACAAAACGUGCUUCUAUAGCACUAAAUGCUAAUACAUCUCAAGAUCGUAUACCUAAACGUUUAAGAUUGGUUAAUUUCUGGGCACGUACUCGAUUCUUCCAGCGCGCUUUUAUGGUUUGGAUGAGCGUAUGGAUUUGUUCUAUAGUUUACAAUUCAGGAUACUUGGAAAAUCUUUUUGUUGUGGAUACAAAUCGCACUACUUUCGCAGCUGACGACUUACAUCGUCAUAUGGAGGCUGGUCGAGGUGCAGUGUCUAGUUUUUUUUCUAAUGUGCAACACGCUAUACAUUCAGCCGCUGGCUCCUCGUCAAAUGGCGGGUUACACACUAAUGCUUAUGAUCACGACCGAUUUGGCAGUGUAUUUGGUGGACCACAAUAUGCUGCACAUGAUGGUUCAGAUAAUGGUCAAAUAAAUGAAACGGAAGCCGAAAUGAAACGAUUGCUUUAUCCUGAUUUUGAGCUUAAUUAUUUUCUCUCAAAUUUUCAUUGGUCCACAAUUAUGAAACAAUACAAUAUAUCAUUGAGUGGUCGCUAUGUUACAAUAUUACCUACAAUUAAACUUUCACAUGCUAUAAAACCAGAAGCAGCAAUCAUUAUACGAAAUCCUGAUGAGAAAUUAGUACAAAACUUUCAAUGGAAAGCUUUAGCAGCUGCUUUAGAUCCUCUGGACUUUAAUGAUGAUGAAAAUCGCGAGUCUCCAAUGGUCACACCUGGUGGCACUCCGUUGUUUCCUAAAAGCCCUAUGGAAAUAUUUUUCGCAAUUAUGCUGUGUUGCAUAAGUAUAUUUGUACUUUGCUAUACCAUGGUAGUUUUUUACCGUUGUAUCUGCACACGUAACUAUGCAGAGUGGCGGUCAAGUUGGAAUGAGUCUUCGGAAUUCGUGCAGAAAACGGAACAGAUACUCGAAGGUAAACCUAUACAAAUUAUAGGACACAAACAUCGCAUUGAGUGUCUUGUAUCCGAUGGCUCUAAUAUUAUUAGUUGCUGUCUUAAGGGACAAAUCAAGAUAUGGGAUGCACGAAGUGGAGAAAACUUAACCACAAUUAACAGAUCAGAUAUGCAAAUUGCAACACAUCGAGAGGAUGGUCAAGUAUUGGUACGCAAACUUAGUCCCUCACCGAUUUGGUGUUUGGAUUAUUUUGACAAUUUAAUUGCGGUUGGUUGUGCUAAUGGACGUAUAGAACUUUGGGAAACACCAGCUGGUCUUUUGAAGUGUGUUUACCAUGAAGAUUCAAAACGAAAUCAAGGCGUUACUCAUAUACACAUAAAUGGUGAUCGAUUAAUAGUAGCACGCUUAUGCGGUCGUUUGGAUUUUUACCGCUUAGAAACGUAUUAUAAAGGAAAACAGAUUGAUUGGGGAUUCACAUCAGCAUAUAGAAGAACUCAUAUUCGUACAGGAUCCACUGGCAGUAUUGGACUAAUGCAACAGCAACGUAACAUAGAUGCACAAAAAACAACUAAAGAAGAAAUGAAGUGUACACUGGAAGGAGUACGUUUAGCGCAUCAGCAACCCAUAACAUGUAUGGAAAUAGUGAAUGGUAUGAUAUUUACCGGUAGCCAGGAUCAUACAUUAAAAGUAUAUAGUCUGAAUAAUUGCGAUAUGGAGUAUACUCUACAUGGUCAUUGUGGGCCAAUAACGUGCCUUUUUGUAGAUCGUUGGCAAUCUGGCACCGGUGGAUCCGGUUCUCAAGAUGGUCAACUUUGCGUGUGGGACCUAUUCACAGGUGCCUGCAUGUAUAAUAUACAAGCGCAUGAUGGAGCUGUUUGCUGCCUUGCAUGCGCACCAAGUUAUGUUAUAUCGCUUGGUACAGACGAGCGGAUAUGUGUGUGGGAAAGAUUUCAAGGAAAUCUAUUAACCACAAUAAAUAUAUCGAAUGCAUAUUCUAGUUUACUAAUGCUUACACCUUCACUAUUAGUCACUAGCAAAUUGGGAUCACUCAUAGUCUGGGAUGUACGUACAGGUGAACCAGCAAGAGAAGUCAAAUUAGACUGUUCAAAUCAGCAACUAUGCCCAAAAAUUAUGAUGCUAGCUUAUGAUUCUGUAGUCUGUGACUACGGUAACGAGAUUAGAGUCGUUCGUUUUCCCAUUGUGACUGAUAAAAACAAUUAACAUUUAUGACUAAUUAGUUUUAUAAAGUUUUAUAAAUAAUAAUUUUAAUCACUAUCCAAAACUGACAUUGAAUUUAAGUAGUUUAUUAAUCUUCAGAAUAUGCUAUCUUAAGACUUUUUAGUGUAAAAUACAUUUUUAUGAAUGAUCAAUUAACGCAAGACUUACGUGUUCAGAAAACUUUAUUUUUAUUGAUGUAAUUAAGUUAUAACUAUAAUUUAAUUAAAUCGUAAGUUACUAAUCUUCACGGUAGUUUAGUAAAAAAUAUAUGAUUGUGAAUGAUAUAUUUGCGGUUACUAGUUUGGUGUAAUGCAUAUAUUUUUUCUCAACCACUAGCUUUAACCUUUGUAAACCUUAUUUUAAGUAAUAACUUUUUACAUUAAAAAAAUUAUUUUACUAUUUACCACUUCUUAAAUAUUUGCUUUUCCAAAUAUAAUAACAUCUGAUACGCUUUAUUUCGUAUUAUAACGCUUAGCUUAAAGAAAAUAAACAUUAUGUGGGAAUCAGAUUUAUUAAAAAUAAUUUUGAACGUACCCAGUGAUGUCAAUUUUAAAGUGUUACAUUUUAAAAUAUAAUUAACUUGGUUAAUUCAUCUCUUUUUAUAUUGUUAAAAAUAUGUUAAGUCCAUAUACUUGUUAAAUUGAGUAAAUCAUACUAAAUGU